GUGAAGAUAUUUAAUUGUUUUGCUCGAAUACAUUAAUUUUACAGAUACAGAAUUGACUGCCAAACUUUUCUGAAGUGAAAGCUCAAGCGAGCUUUGCGUAUCAUAUUGUGUCCCGUCCGUCCAUUUGCCUGUAUCGCAGUCAGUAAACAAUUUACAUCCAGGACCACAUGACGAAUUCAACUAAAUUUGGCAUGAAAAAUGUUUGUAUUCUGCCUGGUACAGGCAGAUAGCUAACCAUAAACAAAAGUCACACGCGUUCAUGUUUUAAUGUGUGGUACACGUUGCUGUCGUUGUUUUAAUGUGUGGUACACGUUGCUGUCGUUGUAAUGAGUGGUACACGUUGCUGUCGUUGUUUGAAUGUGUGAUACACGUUGCUGUCGUGCAAAAGGUUGGUAAAAAAUAGUGGUUCGAGGCACGCAUCUGACAGGAUGGAAUAGGAUUGACAAAAUGUGACCGCACUGAUUGAAGUUGUAAUCGGCAUAACAAUGUUAGUAUGUUUCACUAACGAAUCUGUCAAUGCUGAUUGCAACAAACAUACGACAUCUCGGUUGCUCAAAAACCAAAUUUCGCUUCUGGAGAAGUCGGUUACCAUGGUAGUGGAUUCAGGAUGUGACUCUGAUAACUUACCGACGGCGUUUCAUGCUGAAAUGAGCAGCACCAAAAUACACCCAAAGGACGCGAUAUUUGUGUACGACCGGGUAGUAACAAACGAAGGCAGUGCUUACAAUCAACAGACAGGUAAAUUUACAACACCAGCUACAGGUCUCUACCUGUUUGCCUGGUCAGCUCUCAGUGAUCCAGGGAAGACCUCAGAUGUUGCCUUAUUUGUCAACGGAAAACGUACAGGAAGAAUCGCCCAGAAUAACACUGGAGGAGGAGGGAAGUAUAUAACAGCAAGCAGUACCGUCAUCUUGACAUUAAAGAAAGGAGACAUCGUACAUCUAGCUGAUUCUAGUAAUACGCCGGCUUAUUUAAGGGGAGAGUACUCAACUUUUAGUGGUGUACGGCUGGGCUGACCAAUUCAAUACUUCGAACCUGAAUAACAAUAUAUUGUGCUUGAAAAAUAAUGUUUCAGCAUUUAACUUUUGUUAAAGGAAAAUGUUAAAUAGAAAUAAAUAUCAGUCAAUACCUCUUUUUUCAGUAUUUGUU